GUUAAAAGCAUCUAGUUAUUUACAGUCCACUUUCAUGGACCCCAUGUUAUGCCGCGUUACUGGAGAAAUACAAAAAUCUUCUCUAUCUCUUCCACGAAACCAACCUAAAUACCCUGUAUAUAUCCUUCUGAUCUAUCUAACCAAAUAAUUUCCUCAAACUAUCAACUUCCCAAUUUAAUUGUUUAACAAAGUCAAGGAUUCUUCGCCGUUGAUCACCGGAAACAUCUUUUCCGACAUGUCGGACAAUGGUGAGGGCGGCGGUUGUAGGCCUUGUAGCAGCAUAUGUUGCCGCUUUAUAGUCACAUCCGGCUUCGCUGCUCUGUUUUUGUGGCUAGCUCUACGUACCUCCCAACCAACGUGCUCCAUUCAAGAUUUAUAUGUGCCUGUUCUUAACAAGACCGAUCAUUCGAUCGGUAAUAGGAACAACAGCAUAUUCUUUGACCUCAUGCUCGAUUAUGGAAUGAAAGAGAAGGCAGUGUACUAUGAUAACAUCAGCUUAAUCUUUUUUUACGCUCCAAACACUAGCUUUCCAAUCGCCAACUACACGGUUCCCGGGUUUCACCAGGGUCACGGGAAGAAGGCUCACCGGAAAUUGGUGGUGGAGGCUCAUGGACCUUCGUGGGAGGCGGCAUUUAAAAAUGUUUCAAAUGGGACUGUCUCAGUUUUCAGAGUGGGUUUAUCCACCAAGGUGAGGUUCAAGAUCAUUUUUUGGUAUACCAAGAAACACAAUUUGGUGGUCGGGGCUCAUAUCGAGGUGAACGAUUCCGGUAAGAAAGUCAAAAAGAAAGGCGUUGAACUGAAAUCCGGCUCACCGGAGCGUAAUUGCCACCUUCUACUAUUGCUGUUUUCUAGUGUGUUGGUUGUUUUGUUGUGAGUUUUGCAAAGUUUAAUGGGCAGAAUUUUUUUGUGUAAUUUUUGUGCUAUGUGAUACACUGAGCUUAGCAUCUCUGUGUUAUUUUGGCUGAUGGUAUGUGGCUAAUGCGAACUCUCAAGUCUAACUUAAGACUCCUUGUUUUGCUGCCCUAAUAUGAGCUACUUUCGUGGCAUAACGGGACCAUUUACCUCGAGCAACCCUUAUGGUUAACUUCCGAGGGACAUGAGCCAGAUAACUUCUGAAGUUUACUAUAAGUAUGCCAUUACCUAGACAUAUUCCUCGUUAUUUUCUGCAAUGCCUAAACAUUAUAUAUUAGCAACAUUUCAAAUACAAAUUUCUAAAAGCAUCAACCGGUUCUAUGAUGCACACGCAGAUUCAAGGUAUAUUCGAUAUGCUGAUAGAUUCAACACUAGAAUG